GAAAUUCAACCACUUUGGCACUGAACAAUAUCCUCACUUUUCGCUUUCGCUAGCAUUGAAUCUGAAAGGAUUCGACAAGUACUGUAUUAGAAAAAGAUAACGGUUUUUCUAGUGCUAGAACAAAUACGAGGAGUUGGUACUCGAGCAGGAGCGAUUUUGAGGUAGUACUGGGAAGUGUUGGAAAACCAGGAAUUUCUUUAUAAAUAUCGUCUAGAUUGACACAUGAUUGGGUCCUCUUUGUUAAAAGAAUAGUUUGGAUCUUCCCCUUAAAUUUUAAAAGUAAAACCUACGCGCUCUUCCUUUAGUUAUCCGCAAAAGUAUAGUAUUGCACCGGUUUAGUUGUUUGAGGAUUUCUUAAAAGAAGGAGAGCGAAAAGAAAACUCAUUUGUCUUUGUGCCAUGGGUAGUCGAGAGCUGUGUAUUGAGGCACUGAAUGCAGGGAUACAGCCUCCAAGCUUUAAGGAUCUUCUACUUCCUGUAUCAAACCCGGCGGCAAAUGCAAAAAAACGGAACAAAAAGAAGAAGAGGCAGAAAGCAAAAAAGCAAGCAGAGACUUCUGCUGCCGCGCCUGGUAUGUCUGAAGAUGAAGGGCUUAGCAAGAUCGAGCAGCUUUCUAUGCAUCCAGCCUUAGACAAGUUGAUGGCCGAAAAGGAUAAAGAAUAUAUGGAAUAUAGGAGGAAUAUUGAAAGCAAUUUUACGGCUUCUCCUAAUGGAUCUUCGCAGUAUUAUCCAUCGCUGGAUGACAUGAAUGCUAUUUCAUCGACAGACUGGCAAUUUACAUUGGAGUCAAAUGCAGCCGCUGAACCUUCUGAUGAAUGUAUUAUUUCUUCUUCUCAUAUAGUUGAUGAGGCAGAAUUUCCCAUCCAUUUUCCAACUUUAGAGGAAGCUGCUUCGUCUUCCAAUAUGUCCGCAAAUUCUGUACAAAAUAACCUGUCACCCUUUCCUCCGAUAGAACCUAUCAUGCCUCUCCCUACAUCCACAUCUUCAAAAAAGAAAAAAAAGAAGAAGAAGAAAUCUAAAAACGCGAAUCCGGUUACGACUGAGUCCAUUGAUUCACAGGCAAAUGUGCAGGAUGAUUUACCUAGUCAGGACCAAUCUUGCUAUGACAAUACAGAUCAGCAUUCGUUUUCAUCUUUUUCAAAUACUGAAUUUGGUAAAUCCAAAGAUAAGAUUUGGGCAGCCUCUAAUACCGAAGAACGUGAACAAAUUCGUGAAUUUUGGUUGUCUCUUAGUGAAAUUGAAAGGAGAUCACUUGUUAAAGUAGAGAAGGAAGCUGUUUUGCAAAAAAUGAAAGAGCAACAAAAGUAUUCUUGUUCUUGCUCUGUAUGUGGCAGAAAACGUCUUGCAAUAGAGGAAGAACUGGAGGUAUUGUAUGAUGCUUACUAUGAGGAAUUGGAGCAAUAUGCAAAUAUUCAACGUAAUCGUGCUUUGAUGCAAAAUUCUAAAGCACUCGAUGAGAUUACCUCCCCUAUAGCAUCUCCGCCCAACGUUGAAAUAAAUGAAGUUAUUGACAACGGAGAAUCAGAAAAAGAUGCUGGUUUCCAAAUAGAAUCGGAAACCCCGGAGGGAAAUAUAGAGGAAGACAGUUCUCACCAAACCAAUGCCUCUACAAAAGAUGGUCAAGAACUCUCCAUCGGUAGAAGGGUUUCUGCUUUUACUGAACAAUUUGAUUCAAUAGAUGUUGAUGCAAACCAGGUAGAAAAACUCCCUUAUACACCUAUGGAUCCUUCUCGAUAUCAUGAAAAAAAUAGCUAUCAUGCAGAUUUAUAUAAUUUCGGAAGUAGUCUUACUGUUAAGGGUGGUAUUUUGACCGUUGCUGACGAUUUGUUAAAAAACGAUGGCAAAAAGUUCAUUGAAAUGAUGGAGCAAUUAGCCGAACGUCGUAUGCAACGUGAGGAUAAUAGUACCUUCCAUGAGCCGGAACUAUAUGAUAACGCUAUAGAGUACGAUGAAAACGAAGAGGAAGAGGAUGAAGAUAUAGAGGAGGAAGAUGAAGAUGAACUUGACCUGAUGACCGAUGAACAGAGGAUGGAAGAAGGAAGGAGAAUGUUUCAAAUUUUCGCUGCUAGACUUUUUGAGCAGAGAGUGUUACAAGCUUAUCGGGAAAGGGUUGCUCAACAACGGCAGGCAAAACUUCUUGAAGAAAUAGAGGAAGAAAAUCGACGGAAACAAGAACGAGAGCUUAGGAAAUUAAAGGAAAAAGAGAGAAAGAGGGACAAAAAGAAACAGCAGAAACUUGCCAAAGAAGAAGAACGGCAAAAACGUGAAGCUGAACGAUUAGCUGAAGAGACUGCUCAGAAGGCCGCGGAAGCUAAAAAGGCUGAAGAAGCUCGCAAACGAAAGGAAGAACAGCGUUUGAAGAAGGAAGAAAAGAAACGGCUGCAAGAGUUGGAACGGCAGAGAAAAGAGGAGAGACGGAGAAUUGAAGCAGAAGAACGUCAGAAACAGAAAGAGCAGGAGAAAAAAUUAAAAAAGCAGCAAGAAGAGGAAAGGCAGAACGCUUUACGGGAACAGCAGUUGCAUUUGCAAAAAUUAGAGGAAGAAAAACUUCGUAAAAAAGAACUUGAAGAAGAAGAAAGACGGCGAAGCAAAGAAGAGCAGGAACGUCUAUCGAUUGCACGUGCGAAGGAGUUAGAAGAAGCGGAGCAGAGAUUACGUGAAGCUAAAAUAGCUGCAUUUUUCGCACCUUCAAAAGAAGAUGUCAUCAACAUUGCUAGUCAGCCUUCUUUUCUUCCUCAAAACUUACCGAAUGCUUAUACGCAAAAAGAGCCACACCUUUCCCCUUCCGGUGCUUCAUCUACUACGCCAAACUUACACCCAACACAAUUAAGACAAAUGAAUACUCUUCCUUUUGGAACGCCUCAGCCUAAUCCGACAUAUCAGAACCCUUCUUUGCUUCCAGAAAGAUUGACACCUUCCCCAAGUUUUGUAUCCUCUUCUUCUUAUUCUUCUCCGCUUAAUAUACCUAAUAGCUCUCUUUGUAUAGAUAAUAACGGAAGAUCAAGGCAAUUUAGUACCGGUAAUCCGAAUUUGCUGAAUCCCGGCCGUAAUUCUAAUGGUCUAUACUCUCCUGUCUCUCUUUUAAAUAAUUUAAAUAAUCACGGUUCUUUUGGUUUGGGCCCCGGCACUCGUAAUUCGCUAGGCAGACAGGCUUCUAUGCAUUAUUCUGGUUUUCCAAACUCUAUAUCCCCUUUAAGUAGGAAGCUUUCUACAAGCAAUACUCCACCAUUGUUAUCAAGGUUGAAUUUGGUUUCAAACGCUCAACACAAUCCACCAGAGCUGAACAGUGUGCCAGGAGACCAUGCAUCUAACAUGGACAUGGCUACAUCGAAAGAAACAUUGAUGGGAUCUUUCGGAACAGAAGCCUUAGGAUUAGGAUCUCCGACCCCCAUGCGUACCAAACCCACGCCUAUUCGGCGGCCGAGUCAAAGCAACUCGCUAUUAAUGAAGAAGACACUUAAGGAAGAAAGAAUGGGUAGUCGUGCAUUGUUAGAUGAAAAUUCUGAUACAGUUUUAUCUCAAAACCCGGCGCUGGGUGCGUCCUAUGACGGAUUGACCAGACGAGGAAGCCAAGGAUAUGUAAAGUCUUUGAAUUAUUCAACCUGGAAUUCACCUAACAAUACCUCGUUUUACAAUCCGCUCUCUAGUGGCCCAUGGAGUUCAGCGCUGGGCGCUUUUACUCCAAAUAGUUUGACAACAGAUGCUCCACGCGCAGGCAAUACACAUGGGUAAAUAAAGGAUGAUAUUGAUUGACCUCCUUGAUAUUUGUUAUGUUGUUUGUUAUUCCCUUGUUUUGGUUGUUAAAUUAUGUUGGUUUUAAACUAAUGCAAGGAUUCAGUUUGUUUCUUGUAUUGGUGAAACAAAAGUCAUUUAAUAAUAUUAAUUUUUACGUUCUACAAAAUUAUGUAGAUCCAUAUUUUUCCUAUUACCGUAAG